AGAACAAGAAUAAAAUAGAAUAACAGCAGUUAUCGAAAUUCAUUUUUCCACGGAUGAAAAAUUAAUAGCGAUCGCACUGCUCGCAGUUCGUUCGCGUGGGGGAAAAGGGCUGCAUACGUAUAAGAUCAAAAACAGAGUGACACUUCCUCCACGAAAACACGGACUUUUAGAGCGGUGGGUUAGGAGCAAGCGAACGGAACAGCGAGUUGAACAGCUGAUGCUUCGUCGACACCGGCGAAAUGUCAAAGUCCGGGCAAAUUACUCUACGCGUGCAAUCUUCAGAGGGAACAAAACGCAUAGACGUAGAUCGAUCUGAUACAGUUUCCCAAUUAUUUGAAAAGGUUUUUGUUGUCUUUGAAUUAAACAGUUUUGGAUUCGGACUCUAUAAACAACGAAAUCAUAAAGAUGAACUUAUAUCUUCUCGAAGUAGAACAGUUGCUGGAAUAGGUCUUAAUCAUGGAGAUAUGUUAUAUUUGGCACCCUUUAAUGGGACACAGCUAUGGAAUAUUCCAUCAACUAGUACUGCCUCCGUCAAUGCAACUCAAGAACCUGGAUCAAUGGACGUACCAGGAAAUGCCAAUCGUAACACCAAUGCUUCCCGAUCUAUACCAAAUGUAGUCGAAGAUGAAGUCGACGAACAACUGUGGAAACUCGAUGGUAAAAUACAAAGGAAACGCGAUGGAAAACUAUGUAGGCAUGGUGGAAACGGAUGUUGUGUUCAUUGUUCUCCUUUAGAACCUUUCGAUGAAAUUUAUCUUAAGGAACAGAACAUAAAACACUUGUCUUUCCAUUCAUAUCUCAGGAAACUCACCGCUGGUGUUGACAGAGGAAAAUUUAUACAAUUAGACGACAUAAGCUGCCGUAUAAAGACUGGUUGUAAAGAUCAUCCUCCUUGGCCGCGAGGUAUCUGUAGUAAAUGUCAGCCGAAUUCUAUUAUUCUAAAUCGUCAAACUUAUCGGCACGUGGACAAUGUUAUGUUUGAAAAUCCGAGUUUAGUCGAACGUUUCCUAAAUUAUUGGCGCAUCACUGGCCAUCAACGUAUCGGGUAUUUAUAUGGAAGAUACGAAAUUCACAGCGACAUACCAUUAGGAAUCAGAGCCGUUGUUGCGGCUAUUUACGAGCCACCGCAGGAAAGUAAGAGAGAUACGCUACGACUUUUGCCAGACGAGAAGGAAGCAUUAGUCGACGAAUUGGCUCAUUUACUUAACUUAAGAAAAGUUGGAUGGAUUUUUACUGACCUUAUAGCUGACGAUGUUACGAAAGGAACGGUGAAGCACGUUCGAAACGUGGAAAGUCACUUUUUGUCUGCUCAAGAGUGCAUUAUGGCUGGGUAUUUUCAGAACCAGUAUCCAAAUCCUUGUCGUUUUUCUCCUAAUAAUUAUUUUGGCUCAAAGUUUGUUACUGUCUGCGUUACCGGUGACGGUAAAAAUCAAGUUCACAUGGAAGGUUAUCAGGUAUCCAAUCAAUGCAUGGCAUUGGUGCGAGACGGCUGCUUGGUUCCUACGAAAGACGCUCCAGAAUUGGGAUACGUAAUCGAAUCGACUGAUAAACAGUACGUUCCAGAUGUCUUCUACAAGGAAAAAGACUCCUAUGGGAACGAAGUGCUAAGGCUAGCAAGACCCUUGCCUGUAGAAUAUUUAUUGGUAGACAUACCUGCAUCCACGCCGCUCACUCCACAAUUUACUUUUUACGUUAGCGAUAAUAUUAAUUCAUUUCCAAUCGAGAAUAGACUCGUUGAUGGACAAGUACAAGAAUUCAAUUCGCUUGGUUCUUACAUGCACCAAUUCAACGAAGAUCAAUUUUUAGAAGCUAUUUCAGAUUUUCACUUGUUACUUUUUAUUGCAACAAUGGACACGUUACCAAUGAAGGACCACAUGAUGCCACUGUUAGAAGCAGUUCGUGAUAAAGACAGACAGAAAGCGAUAGAAUGGGCACGUUCUGAACACUGGGCAACCGUAGAACAACUUAUAUCUGCGACUACGCCGUCAACAGUACACUCACCUCAGACAUUGUUCAAUAGUAGCGCAAGAAUGCCAUCAUCUUCGGCUGAAGGAGGAAGCGGAGUAGGAGUUGGUACAGAACCAACUUCGAAUCCACCUCCCGAUCAAUCGCUUUGGACUUGUUCAUUUUGCACUUUUAUCAAUGCAGCAGAUCUUGCAAUCUGCGAAAUGUGUACUUUGCCAAGAAACGAUAACAGUAAUUCUUCAUAGUAAAAAUGUGAAAUUAUGAACCGAAUGAACCUGGACAAAAUUAAUAAUUACCAUAGUUUAAGUUAUCACAAAGUUUACAUUAGCAUGUGACAAAAAUAAAUACUAAGUUUGAAUAA